CCCAACACACACAGACAUGUUGAGCUGAGAGCUAGGGGGAUCGGCCGAGUCCCCCUUCCCCGACCCCAAAGUCCCAAAUCUGGGGGGGGCCUCUAACCACCCCUCCCCCCACCCUUGACCUGUCCACUGUGCAUCGACUCUCCCCACACCUCUUCCACUCCCUGCUCCUUUUUUAGGUGGUGUUUUUGUUAGAUGGACAGGAUCAAGGUUGGAUUUUUCUGUCUCCCCCCUGAUGAAGUGAGGCGGUGAUGCAGGAGGCUGGCAGCUUCGACUAUACGGAGAGACACAGGCGCAAGAUGGCAGAUUUGUAUUGAGUUUGGGGGGCUGAGAUCUCGCUUCAUUUUUUAAAUGUUUUAAUAUUUUUUUUUGCCAUGAAUAACACAUUCUUGCACCGAUGGCCCCUAUGUACGAAGGUAUGGCCUCGCAUGUGCAAGUUUUCUCCCCUCACACCCUUCAAUCAAGUGCCUUCUGUAGUGUGAAGAAACUGAAAGUGGAACCGAGUUCUAACUGGGAUAUGACUGGGUACGGCACACAUAGCAAAGUCUACAGCCAGACCAAGAACGUGCAGUCCUCUCAAGCAGCAGCAGCAGCAGUCAACGCCUCCCUCCAGAUUCCCAACCCGAGUAUCCCUUACGAACAGACCAUCAUCUUUCCAGCAAGCACGGGGCACAUCGUGGUGACAUCUGCCAGCAGCACUUCCGGUGUCGUUGCAGUGUCUGGGCAAGCAUUGGGCGGACCUCACAACCUGAUGCGUCGAAGCACUGUGAGCCUUCUGGACACCUACCAAAAAUGUGGACUUAAGCGCAAGAGUGAGGAAAUUGAGAACACAAGCAGCGUGCAGAUAAUUGAAGAGCAUCCACCAAUGAUUCAGAACAAUGCCAGUGGGGCCACGGUAGCCACUGCCACCACAUCCACUGCUACAUCCAAAAACAGUGGCUCCAACAGUGAAGGGGAUUACCAGCUGGUACAACAUGAAGUGCUGUGUUCAAUGACCAACACGUAUGAAGUAUUAGAAUUUCUUGGCCGGGGAACCUUUGGGCAAGUGGUCAAAUGCUGGAAACGUGGCACUAAUGAGAUUGUAGCUAUCAAGAUCCUUAAGAACCAUCCUUCCUAUGCCCGACAAGGUCAGAUUGAAGUGAGCAUCCUGGCCCGGUUGAGUACGGAAAGUGCAGAUGACUACAACUUUGUCCGAGCCUAUGAGUGCUUCCAGCACAAAAAUCACACUUGCUUGGUCUUUGAAAUGUUGGAGCAGAACCUCUAUGAUUUUCUAAAGCAAAACAAAUUCAGCCCUUUGCCCCUUAAGUACAUCCGGCCAAUCCUCCAGCAGGUAGCAACAGCCUUAAUGAAGCUGAAAAGCUUGGGACUGAUUCAUGCAGAUCUCAAGCCAGAGAACAUCAUGUUGGUAGACCCAUCCCGACAACCAUACAGGGUCAAGGUCAUAGACUUUGGUUCAGCUAGCCACGUGUCUAAGGCUGUGUGUUCAACCUACCUUCAAUCCAGAUAUUACAGAGCCCCUGAAAUCAUCCUUGGUUUACCAUUCUGUGAAGCAAUCGACAUGUGGUCCCUGGGAUGUGUUAUUGCAGAGCUGUUCUUGGGCUGGCCUUUAUACCCGGGAGCUUCAGAGUACGAUCAGAUUCGCUAUAUUUCACAGACACAGGGCUUACCAGCAGAGUAUUUGUUAAGUUCAGGGACAAAGACAACAAGAUUUUUCAACAGGGAUACAGACUCACCGUAUCCAUUGUGGAGGCUAAAGACACCAGAUGAUCAUGAGGCAGAGACGGGGAUUAAGUCGAAGGAAGCAAGGAAGUACAUUUUCAACUGUUUGGAUGAUAUGGCACAGGUGAAUAUGACAACGGAUUUAGAAGGAAGCGAUAUGUUGGUGGAAAAGGCAGACCGGCGGGAGUUUAUAGAUCUGUUAAAGAAGAUGUUGACUAUAGAUGCGGAUAAGAGGAUAACUCCGAUUGAAACUCUGAACCACCCCUUUGUCACCAUGACGCACUUGCUUGAUUUCCCCCAUAGCACACAUGUCAAGUCCUGUUUCCAGAACAUGGAGAUUUGCAAGCGGCGGGUGAAUAUGUAUGACACGGUAAACCAGAGCAAGACACCAUUCAUCACCCAUGUGGCCCCGAGCACAUCGACCAACCUGACCAUGACCUUUAACAACCAGCUGAACAGUGUCCACAACCAGGCCACCAACCUGGCUCCCACCUCCACCAGUGCCACUAUUUCCUUAGCCAACCCUGAAGUCUCCAUACUAAACUACCAAUCUGCACUCUACCAGCCUUCAGCAGCAUCCAUGGCCGCAGUGGCCCAGCGGAGCAUGCCCCUGCAGACGGGAACGGCGCAGAUCUGUGCCCGGCCUGACCCCUUCCAGCAAGCCCUCAUUGUAUGCCCUCCAGGUUUCCAAGGGUUACAAGCCUCCCCUUCAAAGCAUGCUGGGUAUUCUGUACGGAUGGAGAAUGCUGUUCCGAUUGUCACUCAGGCUCCCGGGGCCCAGCCUCUUCAGAUCCAGCCAGGUCUCCUCGCACAGCAGGCCUGGCCUAGCGGGACCCAGCAGAUCCUGCUCCCUCCAGCCUGGCAGCAAUUGACUGGAGUAGCCACCCACACCUCAGUCCAGCACGCAACUGUCAUACCAGAGACCAUGGCAGGGACCCAGCCGCUGGCAGACUGGAGAAACACACAUGCUCAUGGAAGCCAUUAUAAUCCCAUCAUGCAACAGCCUGCGCUUUUAGCUAGUCACGUGACUCUUCCCGCAGCUCAGCCCUUGAAUGUGGGCGUGGCUCAUGUCAUGAGGCAACAGCCGACCAGCACCACUUCCUCCAGGAAGAACAAGCAGCACCAGUCAUCUACGAGAAACGUGUCUACAUAUGAGGUUUCGUCCUCUCAGGCCAUCAGCUCCCCUCAGCGAUCGAAACGCGUGAAGGAGAACACCCCCCCUCGCUGUGCCAUGGUGCACAAUAGCCCCGCCUGCAGCACUUCUGUCACGUGUGGGUGGGGAGACAUGGCUUCCAGCACCACACGGGAGCGGCAGCGGCAGACGAUAAUCAUUCCCGACACACCCAGCCCUGCAGUCAGUGUCAUCACUAUCAGCAGUGACACAGAUGAAGAAGAAGAACAGAAACAUGCACCCACCAGCACCGUAUCCAAGCAAAGAAAAAACGUCAUCAGCUGUGUCACAGUGCACGAUUCGCCCUACUCCGAUUCCUCCAGCAACAACAGCCCCUAUUCAGUGCAACACCGUGGGGCACACAAUAAUGGGAACACCUAUGAUACAAAAGGGGUACCAGAGACCCACUGCAGCGGGAACCCCCGAACUAUAAUUGUGCCACCGCUGAAAACCCAAGCCAGUGAGGUGUUGGUAGAAUGCGAUAACCUGGUACCAGUCACCACCAGUCAUCACUCAUCCUCCUACAAGUCCAAGUCCUCCAACAUCGUGACCUCCACCAGCGGUCACUCUUCAGGGAGCUCGUCUGGAGCCAUUGCCUAUAGGCAGCAGCGGCCAGGACCACAUUUCCAGCAGCAGCAGCCUCUUAAUCUCAGCCAGGCCCAGCAGCACAUCACGACUGAUCGCACAGGGAGUCACCGGCGACAGCAAGCCUACAUCACUCCAACAAUAGCUCAGGCUCCGUACUCCUUCCCACACAAUAGUCCCAGCCAUGGUACGGUCCACCCCCACCUGGCUGCGGCAGCAGCGGCUCACCUCCCCACCCAGCCCCACCUCUACACAUACACCGCCCCCGCUGCUCUGGGCUCCACAGGCACCGUUGCUCAUCUGGUGGCCUCCCAAGGGUCUGCUCGUCAUGCUGUGCAACACACCACUUACCCGGCCAGCAUUGUCCACCAGGUUCCUGUCAGCAUGGGCCCUCGGGUUCUGCCAUCACCCACCAUCCACCCAAGUCAGUACCAGGCUCAGUUUGCCCAUCAGACCUAUAUCAGUGCUUCUCCCGCUUCCACAGUCUACACUGGAUACCCGCUGAGCCCCACCAAGGUCAACCAGUACCCUUACAUCUAAACACUGGAAUGAGAGAGAGAGAGAGACCCGCAAAGAGGGAGUGAGGUGGCUGUUUUUAUACUGAAGAACAUGACAAACAAUGCAAUGGGAGGCUCACUUGAAACUUGAACGAAGGAGACUUUAAGGGAGAAAUGAGAAAGGAAAGAAGGAAAGAACUAAUUCUACACUUUUUAUUUAAAAAAAAAA